CCUGGGAAACCAAGCCUCCGUAAACGCGGAGGAGGAGGAAGAACCUCCUCCAGUAAGUCUGCCGCGCUGACGGCUGUUACCAGAAGCCACCUGCGGCAGCAAGCAGCAGGAAGCUCGCCGCUUCAACGAUGGAGCAGCGGCGUGUUUAGCAGACUUUUCUGGGACUUUGAGCCGCUUUAAGAUGCCUCUCUGCGCCGCCUUAGCGCUGCUCGCCGCCCUGUGCUCCCUGCAGGUGGGCUGCUGCUCGGCCUGCCAGGAGGUUAACCAAACAGAUGUUGCUGAGGGACAGUGUCCUAUAACCCUGACCUCCACCCCACUAAUACACAGAGAGAGAGGAUAUGCUGAAAUAAUAACACUCCGGGUCGUUUGGAUGAAGAAGAAAAUGGGCCAGUCACUGCAGGUUGAAAUCCACGGACAACAUAAAGAGGUUUUCUCGCCUAUCACGAAAUGCAAAACAAAGAGUGGGAUUGACCUCAACAUCAGAUGUUGCAAGAAUCUAAAGAAAACUUCCCUGUGGAUGCUUGAAAGUGCCUUCAAAGCUGAAACUAGACAGAAUGUCACUGUGUCGUACAGCUCAAAAUCCACAAACUGCAGUGUUUAUUACCUUGUACCAGAUCCUCGGCCAGACUUCAGCCUGUCUGUGAAUAAGUCGUCCAAAACCAUUUCAGUGUAUGUGGAUUCUGGAGACCCGGUCAAUGUCAGGUGGUGUUAUGAAAGGAAUCCUUGGCACUGCAGCGGGCCACAUCCAAAAACCACUGUGAGCAUUCAAGGUCUGUUUAUCUGCAUUACAUCUAUAUUAUUUAUUCAUUUAUGUCCCCCUUGUCUGCUCUUUUCACUUCAGCGUCGCUCAGCUGUCCUCAGCAUCCCCCAUCUGCUGCCGUGUGUGUGUGUUGAGGUGUAUUACACCUACACAGAUGCCUCAAGACAUAAAAAGUGCCCAUUUGGAAAUGAAACCGUUAUUGACAUCGGAGACAUUCUGCAGACGUCUGAGGUGGAGGUGUUUCAGUCCCACCUGCUGUGGAGCGCUGAGUGUCCUGCCAGCACACGGAACAUCUCUGCUGCCCUCUGCUGGAAGAUGCACGACAACGCCUGCAUACCGCUUCCCAACUCCACCCUGGAGAAGGAAGAUGAGCAAACCCUGAAAUUCAAAAUAUCCACAGUGGAUAAACACCCCCAGACAUGUGUGCAGUUUUCCAUUCAAGACAGCCACAACAUCUCCUGCUUCUUCCAGGCAGAUAAAUCGUCUUGGGAGACACAUAUCACACCCGGCAGACAGAGCAUGUCCGUGCAUAUUACCUCCGCUGUGCCUGCAAAGUUCUCAGCUCAACUCUGUGUCCUCACCGAGUCGGGAUGCGUGCCCAGGGGGCAAAUUCACUCUGGAACAAUGAGGAUAAAUGUUCCCAUUCGAGACAUUACUGAGAGGCCAUGUGUGCAGGUUUGGCAGUCGGCUCCAGCUCUUACUGGGAGAAGGAUCGUGUGCCCGGACUACACACAUAACAGGUGGGGCGUGUGUGCAGUUGGAGCUUUGAUAUUCUUAGUCAUUUGCACAGCACUUGGAUUUUUUAUCCACCGUGCCACAAAGAGCGGAAUGGCAGGGUGGCUGACCAUCCAGCGGCCGCUGCUGCUGGUCUGCUCGUCGGAUCAGUCGACCCACGUUUCCGCUGCGUGCGCCUUGGCCUCCAUGCUGCAGGAGGAACUGGACGCAUCGGUGCACACCGCUCUUUGGGCCCAAAGCUCUCAAAGCCCGGCCGGGAAAGGGGCGAGCGUGGCGGAUCUGGGCCCGCUCCCUUGGCUGUACGGGCAGUGGGAAGCUAUCCACGAGGCGCAGGGGAAAAUACUUUUUGUCUGGAGUCCCGAAGCCAAACGGGUUUAUAAGAAAUGGAGACUUGAAAGGGUGCAAGUAGAUGACAGUUGGAGAUCUGACAAAACGAGAGCCUCGGCGCAGGACUAUUUAAAACCCACUGGAUGGAGGCUGGGGAAAAAUAAAAAAGAGAAAUGCCUGGGAAAAAAAGCCGUCGAAGCUUUCGAGGAUGAAGACACGCAAAAGGAGCCAUCUACGGUACUAGAGACUGUGUUUGUGGCCGCUCUGGCCCGCUUAGAAGGGGCUCUGCAGGAGGGCAAAGGCAAAGACGUCGCCAUUGUCUACUUCCAGGGCCUCUGCCACAGCAGGGACAUCCCGCAGGCCUUCAGAGGGAUCCCUCGCUACUGCUUGCCGCAGGAAUUCAGCGGACUCAUCCAGGAGCUGGCCGAGGUGAGAAAAGGGACAAAAAGCGGCGAGUUCAGAUGGCACUGCCGGCCCAGACUCCUGUGCAAGGUUCUGUCCGUGUGGCUGGCUCGCCAGCUGGCCCGGAGGCUGCAAGCGGUUCUGCCACAGAGUGUCUCAUCAUCUUCAACGACGGCAUCAGGCCAGGCAGGCGGCCGGGGCAAGCCGCGCCCGGCCGGCACGCCCGGCAACAGCAGCAGCAGCGAGGAGCGGGAGCUCCUGCACGGGUCGUUGAUCUCACAUUUCACAGACCAGACGUUUGUCCCUGGCGAAACCUGACGCUCAAGACUCUGAGGGGUGGCGUGUCACCGCGGGGCCUUUCGGGGGCCGCUUGCUGGAACGAUUCAUCGCUUGGCCUCACUUGUUUUGCAUAUUAAGGAGAAGCAGACACUGCCCCGUUGCCUGGAUUUCAGCGCUCCAAACAGAAGGUGCUUUAUACUAACCUGUCGUGACAGGGGGGGUUGCAGCGAACACCUGCCUUAUCGCCGCAGAAAUGCUAACCACUAUGAAAAUGGGCUUGCAAAUUAUUUCCUCGCUUUCUUCGUGAGCUCGCUCGGGUGUUUUCGCACGCGGUGCAAAAACUGUAAGGGCGCUGUUCGCAGCGCGGCGCGCGUUUUGCAUUUGCUUCUCUAAACACGCGCCCGCAGAGCCGCAGCAGUCUCAGGAUUUCCUUUGUUGGAUGGCAGCGUGUUGAAAGAUGAAGACGACUGAUGCGCUCGAGAGUUAAUGACGGGCGUGUUGAAUGUUUUGCUGUCGUGACCCUGUUAGGUCAAAAAUGUUUUGCUCUUAGCACUUCUGAUUAUGGGUGCACACAUACUACCUCCUACAGUUAAAUUGACGGCUGUGCAUCGUGUUUACUACACUUUAUUUUGGUAAUUUAUGGUCUGGAAUCAUUUGAAAAGAUAAAGUAAAAUCCAGUAUUAGUCGCCUACUCUGCCCCUAAAGGAACAUUGAAGGGAUAAAAAUACAAAAAAAAUAAACUUUCUCGUGUGCACCAGCUACUUUCUGGUGCUGAAAUUAUCCGGUGCACAUGAGAAAGUAAUUAUUUUAUUUUUAUUUCCCUAAAUUGUCCCUUUAGGGGCUCCGUAGUUACCUAUUUCAACGGGAGCUGUUACCUCAAAAAUCUCAGAGCAUUAGAGCAAAGAAAGCACGACUGAGGUACUUCCUCUUGUCGACUCCACUUUUACCUCAGAGACCCAUUAAAGGUCAACGGUAAACUUUAUGCAAAGCAACUUUAAACUGCAAACUUACACCUCAGCAGGAUAUCCACACAGAUGUGAUUGUCACUUUAGGAAAUAUUUGUGCAGCUCUUUAAAGUUUGCUCUUGCUGCCUCAGUAAACGGUGUUUGGCGUUAGCCCAGCACGGUUGGUGUUAUAAAACUGUGAAUGCAGAAUAAUAAAGUGCUUCUGAUGGAAAAGAAAGUGUCCCUAAUGAGAAGUUCAUUGCACGUGCCCUGUGGUGAAAUGGCAUGUAAAUGGGAUAACAUUUUGUACUACGGAGCCUUGCAAAUGUAUACACACACGUGGAACAUUUUGUCACGUUGUUGCAAUGCAAAUUUGAACUAUUUUGUUAGCGUUUUAGGUAAUAAACCAAGCCUGUAGUGCAUGUGUGUAA